AUGAAGUGUUCUCCAGUCUUCGUGACUGUGUUACUCUUGAUGCUUGGACAAACCCAUGGAGACUCAGUGACUCAGAUGGAGAGCCAAGUGACCCUCUCAGAAGAGGCUUCCCUGACUAUCAACUGUACUUAUACAACAACAGGUUACCCCACUCUUUUCUGGUAUGUCCAGUAUCCAGGAGAAGGUCUAGAGCUCCUUCUGAAAGCCUCAAGGGACAAGGAGAAGGGAAGCAACAAAGGAUUUGAAGCCACCUACAACAAAGAUUCCAAAUCCUUCCACUUGGAGAAAGGCUCAGUGCAAGCCUCAGAUUCAGCUGUGUACUACUGUGCCCUGAGUGACACAAAAGAUAACUGGGAUGAUGAUGAUGAUGAAAAAAAAGAGGAAGCAGAAGUAAAACCAGAAGUAAAAGUUUCAGAAAAGAAAAAAAUAGCAGAGAAAAUAAAAGAGAAAGAAUGGCAACAGAAGAAAAGGCAAGAAGAAAUUAAAAAGAGGUUAGAAGAACCUGAAGAACCUAAAGUGCUAACACCAGAAGAACAAUUAGCAGAUAAACUGCGACUAAAGAAAUUACAGGAAGAAUCAGACCUUGAAUUAGCAAAAGAAACUUUUGGUGUUAAUAAUACUGUUUAUGGAAUAGAUGCAAUGAACCCAUCUUCAAGAGAUGACUUCACAGAGUUUGGAAAGUUACUAAAAGAUAAAAUUACACAAUAUGAAAAGUCACUAUAUUAUGCCAGUUUUUUGGAAGCCUUAGUUCGAGAUGUGUGUAUUUCAUUGGAAAUUGAUGACUUGAAAAAGAUUACCAAUUCAUUGACUGUGCUUUGCAGUGAAAAACAAAAGCAAGAAAAGCAAAGCAAAGCCAAAAAGAAGAAGAAAGGUGUGGUCCCUGGAGGGGGAUUAAAGGCUACCAUGAAAGACGAUCUGGCAGAUUACGGUGGUUAUGAUGGAGGAUAUGUACAAGACUAUGAAGACUUCAUGUGACAUUUUCUCUUCUCCUGGUGUCUUCUUUCUGUUGCCCACAAUCAACAUGUAGCACAACUUCCUUUCCUUUCAGUUCUGCCAAAUGCUACAAUCAGAAGUGCAGUAUCUUUUGUGCUGGUUAUUUAACCCCUUGACACUUAGGUGCUAAUGUGCGAAUGAGGGAACUUGGAUCUUGCUGCCAAGGGGUUAAAAUUGGGAACCUCAGUCGCUACUAAAUCAUAGUUUAAAAAAGAAAAAAAAAAAACCACAAAAACC